UGCCUAGAAUACGUUUGGAAAUUUUGGGUCAAACCUUUUAAAGACUAGAACUUGUUUGUUUUAGUGCUCCAAAAAAAAAUCAAAAAUAUCAUCAUGAAAUAUCCAUUCAUGGUGGACCUUCGUUCUGGAUAAACAAAUCAGUAGCGUUGUACUCCUAUAUGGGCGGAUUUUACAGGAUAUAAGAGAAGCGGUUCUCUAACUGAAUUGGGUUCCCAAAAGAAGCCAUUAAUGGACAAGAUUUUGUUCAAGUGGUUUUAAUGUACCAGAGAAACAACGACAAGAAUUGGGUAGGUCGAUUUUGAAGGAUAUGGAUGGAGGGAAACAAAGGAUACAACGAUUUGUUUGUGUGUUUUCCUUCUCGGACAUCAAUGAGGAACGUGCCCAAGUCAGUACACAGUCCUGGAAGGCUAGAAAAAUACAAGGAAGGUGGUGGGUCUGCAAGCUUUGGCAGCAGGAGAAAGGGGCAAUCCAGCCCUAUGUUUCCAUUGCUGCUGAGGAGGAGGAAUGCAGGUGGUAGCUCUGAGACAACUGCAGAGGAAGAGCCUACUUCGCCCAAGGUCACAUGCAUUGGCCAGGUAAGAGUUAAAUCUAGGCAUGCUGGGAAGGGGACUGAGAGUCUUAGAAAUUUUAGGAAGGAGGUAUGCGAUGCUUUUAGGAGCUUAGGGGCAGAGUUUAGUUGCAUAUUUCCUUGCAGUGGAGGCACACCCACAAGCCCAAAUACUAAGGAAGUGGAUGAAAAGCAAUCUUCGGCAUGUGGGAGUGCCCUGCUGGCUAAGUUUGUUAUGAUACUUAAUGAUAGCGAUGAAAAGCAUCAUGGGAGGUUGGACCCAGAUGCCAGCAGGCAAGAGAAAGGUCUGGAUUCAGUGAAAAUGGAUAACCCAUUUCAUAGAAAAAAGGAUCCGUUUGGUAAAAGGGAGGACAUAUAUGAGAAAGACCUGGAGAGAAUGAGGACGAGGUUAAGGAGGUUUCAGGAGGAUGAGGAUGAAGAGAAAGGGGAAGAUUGGAUCAGGGCAAAGUCUGGAGCGGGUUAUAGAUUUAGCCAUGUUGGUGAAGAUGAAGACGAGGGAGAACCAGUUUGUGUUCCUCCAAGAAAUGCACUUUUGUUAAUGAGAUGCAGAUCGGCUCCUCUGAGAUUGUCGUUAAAUUCAGAUUGCUGGAAGGCUCCCUUUAAUGCUGAUGAGCGCCAAGACAAGGGCUGUGUUGUUGAAUCACAUGGUGUGGAAUCGAGGAUGACUUCAUCUGCAAAUGAAGACGAGGCUUGUAAUGAUGAAGAGACAAAAGGUGCUACAAAGGUUAAGGGGUCAGGAGAAAAUGCAAAGAUGAGCUUAACUCAAGGAUUGCUUCUUAUGCAAUGUGAGCCGGAGCUUACAAAAUUGUCAUUGGAGAUAUCUAAGGAAACAUGGGUGCCAACCAGAGAAUAUUUUAGGAGGCCUAUGGUUAGCGAAGAAGGUAGCAGGAGGUUGAGCAAGGAGAGUAAUGAUCAGGAAGAGUGCUCUAAAGUUGUACCUAGUAUGCUUCAAGAGAAAUUCAGUCCUCCUGAGGCAUUCAUGUUGAAAAGAUCCAAAUCUGAGCCUCUUAAGGUCUCUGUGAAGCUUGCUCCGGAAGCAUGUCUUUGGAAGAGAAGAAUUUUGGCUUAAGCCAUUGGCUUUGAACAUCUGAAAGUGGAGAAUAGUCUUGCUGAAAUUUGAAGGUGGUUUAUUCUUGUUUCUUGUACAAAGAGAGCAGUGAUAGCAACCAGAUCCCUUCUAUAAUAAGAAAUGAAUCGAGUCAGGUUUUCUUGUGGUUACUAAAUGUUUACGAAACAUCUCGGCAGUUAAAAUUUUAAUUGAAAAAGGGGAGAAGAGUAGUGCAGUUGGGUUUUAUAUUGAAAAUUUGUAUUGCACCGUGCCGAGUUUGUUUCCAAGCUUGUACAUUCUUGGCCUUUUGUAAAGGGAGCUUGCAGUAAUGGAUUGGUUAUGUGUUUUGUCUGCAUGCCUUUGUAAAAAGGCAUUCUGGACUUUUUCGAUGGCUGUAGAUUGCUCUGCUCCGCAGAAUUGUUGGUCUUUAUUUGUACCCCUUCCAUUGAAAUCGAAGGAUGCAAUCCUUGUGAUCUAGACAUGAAAGUCUAGUCUCUAGUUGAGAUGCUUCUUUCUGUCAAUCGUCUAGAUUUGAGUUCCUGGCGAUCAAGUUUUUUGGAGAGGGCAUAUGAUAUGUAUAGAUUUACUGCAUUAUUAUAGACAGUUUUAUUGUCAUAUAUUUGCUGUCCAAAUCAAGACAUUGUUAUAUAUUAAACUUGUGUCCUAUACUUUUGAGUCCUAUGAGAGAAUAAUCAGAUCGACUGAUAUGGCUUUCUUGA